GGACAGUUAAGGAAGAGGUGGAGAAGGCUUUGCGCUUGGGACCUUCCUGGCGCUUCUGUCUGACUCUUUAUUCUGCCUGGUCCCCCGCCACAACCUGCCGGUGCUGGUUCCUGGCGGCGCCAUGUGGAACAGCAGCAGGAGUGCCUCUAACUGCUCGGAGAGCGCUGACUUCCAGUACGUCCUCUUCCCUGUAGUCUACAGCUCGGUCUUUGUGCUGGGCCUGGCUGGGAACUUGUUUGUGCUGGGUUACUUCCUUCGGACCAAGUCAGCCACUGUCCCGGCCAAUGUCCUCCUGGUGAACCUCGCCACCAUCGACCUGCUCUUCGUAUUGACAUUGCCGUUCCGCAUUGCCUACCAUGCACUGCGUAACGACUGGAUCUUUGGGGAAGCCCUCUGCAAAAUCACGGGCUGCCUUUUCUUUGCCAACCUGUAUGGCAGCUCCCUCUUCCUGGCCUGCAUCUGCCUCGAGCGCUACGUGGCCGUGGUGCAUCCACUGCGCCACUUGCACUUCCGCAAGCUCCGCUAUCGUGUGGGGGCUGCCCUGGUGGUGUGGGCGGUGCUUCUGGCAGCCAUCCUGUACCUGGCCCUCCGUGGGCCCCUGACCCAACCUUUCGCUGAUGGCCGCACAGCCUGUCUUGAGAACUUCUCCUCCAGUUCCUGGAAGGGGCGCAUUUCCAGCGUCAGCAUCUUCGCUGCUGUGGUCGGCUUCCUGUUGCCGCUUCUUUUGAUUGGGGUGUGCUACCCCCUCAUUGCUUGUCAGCUGCUGGUAGCCCCUGGGAUGCAGCCUGGUUCACGUGUGGUGAGGCGCAAGGCACUGCGGACAGUGCUGGUGGUUCUAGGUGUCUUCCUGGUCUGUUUUGUUCCUUACCAUGUGGUACAGCUGGUCCACACGCUUGGCCGCGUGGGUGCUCUUGGUGGCUGCUCCCUAAUCCGUGCAACGUAUGUUGCCCGGCGUGUGACAAUGGCACUCACAAGUUUCAACGCCUGCUUGGAUCCUCUUGUCUAUUAUUUUGCUGCUGAACGUUUUCAGUGGCAGCCAAACUGGAAACGCAUCUGCUGUCUGAAGAAGUUACAGCGCCCCGUGUGGCUCCAAGUUCUAUCCGCCCACACGGGAUCUUCUGCUGCAGAAAAUACUAUGCCGAGCACCACGGACUGAGCAAGCUACUGCCAGCCACCACCACCACCACCUCUGGUGGUGGAUGUAUGAGAAUUUUCUUUUAUGUACUACUUCAUUUAAUUUGUGUUUAUUAUAUUAUUUCCAUUUGUGUUUUUAAAACGUUUUAUUUCCAAAAUGUUCACAAUACUAUUAAAUCAAAACAAAAUAUG